AAGGGAGAGAGAAAGGAGGGGAAAGGGCGACAGAAGAGCGAGAAGGUGGAGUGAGAGAGUGACGAGUAACGUUGCUGAAGCUGCUAUGGCAUUAAAUCUUCUAAGAGUGUUUCAUUUUCUUUCGUCGGACUUACAGACAUACAAUGUUUUACAAAUCGUGAAGCGACAGCUGUGUUCCUGCAAAAGCCUUAACAAAAUUCUGUAUCCGCAAUAUAACAAGACUUUGUCAGUAGGACCUCUAAAGGCAUGGUAUCAUCAGAUUCCUCAUAAAGGAUACCACAACCUGGUCAGAGACCAGCCUUGUGACACCUUGGGAACAGAGUGUCUCCAUGGGGAUGCUGGGGAGAACCUUAACUUGGACAACAAGCAGAACGGAUCCUCCAAUGAGCAGGAGUUUUUGAAACAUUUGAACAACUGUAAAACUGCGAAGCACAUCUUUAAACUUCUGAACUCUUCCGGUGCAUUUACGGAUACAAUGGCUGCUGCUGCAUUGCUUAAAAUAUCACAGAUUGAAAGAGAUGGGAGUAGUCUGAAAAGCCCUGGGGACCUGCUGGAGAAUGAAGCUUUCAAGGCAUUGUGCUUCCAGUUCGAGCACGAGUCUUUGAGGCUCAGCAGUGCAGCACUGGUGACUGCUCUGUAUGCUUACGUUCAACUGUAUGUGGACCCACAGAGCACACUCAUGGUGCGACUGGUGUCAGAAUGUCAGAUGCGACUUAAUAACAGACAGAUGUCCAUUAAAGACUUGUGUUUGUUGGGCAAGGCUUUGCUGGACCUGGAAGGCCCGGGGUGUAGAAUGUUUAAGCAAGUAAUGGAUGAAAUUCAAAGAAUGAAAAUUGUUAAUUGGACAUCUGAAGAGAUAGUAAUGGUUUAUAAUUUGCUGGAGGCGAGUAUGGGAGAAGGAGGAAAUUAUCAGCAGUUGCUGAACAAAAUUAAUACCCAUACUGUUCAUUUAGUUUCCAAGUUGAGUCGUAAAGCCAAAAAUGACAUCCUGAAUGCAAUGGUUGUCCUUAAACAAACCCAAGCACUUCCUUUGGUGAUUAAUCUAUGCAAACAUUCAGUGAGACAUGUUCCCCAAUUCUCAGACCAGGAACUCAUAGUGGUACUGAAUGCUCUCAUGUACUUUGGACACAGUGACAGAUUUUUUGUUGACGCUUUGGAGCAAAAUGUCCCCAAAAACGCCUUUGUCUUAAAACCAGAGGCAAUCAGUAAAGUGAUGCAAUACUGCAGCCAACGGCGAAUCCUGUCACUUCCCAUAUUUGAUGCAGUUGCUGAGAGUUUUGUUUACAAUUCAGAUAAUUUUACAACUGAAGAAAUUGCCUUACAAAUUAUGCCGUUUGGCAAGCUGAACUAUCUGCCACCAAAUGCUGGCCAGCUCUUCGGAAAGAUUGAAAAUUUAUUAAGAGGACGAUUUUCACAAUUUCAGCCACGUACUUUGUUGAACCUUCUUCAUUCCUGUAUAUUAAUAGGACGCUUUCCUGUGAAUUUUGUAGCCAAAAUCUUUAGUCCAUACUUUCUGCAGCAGCUGGAAGCAGAAGGAACAGGUUUUGACAAGUUUGUCUUUGCCCAGUUGACUCAACUGUUCAUGACUAUGAAACUGGAGUGCCGAACCUAUGAGGGUCCUAGCCUUCCUUCAAAGUAUCGAGUGAAAUCUUUCAUUACACCAGGACGUUCAGUGGAAAGCCUGGUGGAUGAUCAUCUCUACAACAAAGUUAAGAAUGCCCUGAUUGAUCUUCUCGGAGCAAGGAAUUACUUUGCCUCCCGUGUGCUGACACCAUAUGGCUAUACAUUAGAUGUUGAGAUUAAAUUGGAUGAAGAAGGAUAUGUGCUCCCUGCCUCUCAGUACGAAGAGGUAUUCCGAAGAGUAGCACUCUGCAUUGAUGACCAGAGAAGGUUCUCUGCAAAUACUCAAAAUCUACUCGGUAAGGAAACUAUCAAACAGAGGCAACUACGGCUGCUGGGCUACGAUGUUGUACAGAUUCCAUUCUACGAAUUUGACAAGCUACAGAACAGUAAGGAGAUGGUAGAAUACCUUCACAAGAAGAUCUUUCCAUACAGCUACAGACUUGCUUGGUGAAAAAAGCUAAAACAUAGCCAAUUAAUUUCCGCUUUCCACAAUGCAAUGCCAGCAUUUUGCAUUGGUGGCUGCCUUACAGCAAUGUUUAUCUACUAUUAAGCAUCUUGAUUACACUCGUGUAAAUAAAACCAUUACUGAAAAUAAUGUAUAAAAAUA